AUGUCAGUCUCAGCUCCGGUAGUAGACCCAGCGAAGCUCUUCUCUCUCGCAGGCAAGACAGCGAUAGUCACAGGCGGUACAGGUGGCCUGGGCACGGCAAUGACAACAGCUCUCGCAUCUGGCGGCGCCGACAUCGUGUCCAUCGAGGUCGAAAACGAUCCAAAUCACCAAGUCAUGGUCGAUGCAGUCGCAAAAGCCGGCCGCAAGCUGUCGACAUAUAUCUGCGAUGUGCGGGAUCCCAAAGCGCUCCGGGCCACAUAUCAAAAGCUCUGGUCUGAUGGCGUCGAAGGGGAUAUCCUGUUGAAUUGUGCCGGGGUCCAGAGACGUAAUGAAGCUGAAGACUUUACGGACGAGGAGAUCGAAGCUGUAUUGGACAUCAACCUGAAGGCGACACUAGUCUCUUGUCAAGAGUUCGCGAAGCCAUUGCUGGAGGAUGGACGGCCUGGGAAAGUGAUCAAUAUCGCCAGUAUUAUUUCUUAUAUUGGAGGCAAGAAUAUCACGCCUUAUGCCGGUAGCAAGGGAGGCGUAUUGCAGAUCACCAAGGCUUUCAGCAACGAAUGGGCGGCAAAGGGCAUCCAGGUGAACUGCAUCUGUCCUGGGUACUUCCACACUCCGUUGACCGAGCAGUAUCAGACCGACCCCAAGUACAAAGCCUUCAACGACUAUGUAAUGAUGAGGACUCCGGCGAAGAGGUGGGGAGAGCCUGUCGACCUCUCUGGUGCAGUGAUCUUCCUUGCCAGUGGAGCAAGUGACUAUGUUAGUGGAACGAGUAUCGUUGUGGAUGGAGGAUGGCUAGGAAAUUAG